AAAAAAAAAUGCUCUCCAACAUUUAUUUGGGACAAUGAAUAAGCUACAACACAAGAUAAUGUAUCGUUGAUGAUUGGAAGGCUACUGUAGGCUGAAACAUCUCAUCAUUUGGAAAAUGAAGCGAAAAUCAGGGGCGUCUCAACUUUCCAAGAUGAAACGUUUCAGAACAUCAGAAAGGGGAAAACAUGGAACCCCAGAAACGAAAUUGCGGAUUGACCAAAGUAGUUCUGACCUCCUUUCACAUAAGAGACACCUGUGUUCUGUGCCCAAUGACAACAGCUUCCUCAAGUUUUUAAAUGAAGACAGGCAGAAGUCUACCACACUCUGUGACCUGAUUGUAUCUGUCAGCGGAAAAGAGUUCAGUGCCCACAAGGUGGUUCUUGCCUUUGGCAGCAGCUACUUCCACACUCGGCUAUGUAAAAACCCAGCCACGAGCCACAUCACUGUGGAGGACAUGGACGAUUCGGCCUUCCAUCACUUGCUGUGUUUCCUGUACACAUCUGAGUUUGUGGUAUCUGAUACGGAGAUCCCUUUCUUGGUGGAGGCGGCUCGUGUCUUGAACAUGGUGACGGCAGUUGAGCUGCUGAUGGACCAGAGUGGCUCCCCAGCAGCCUCCUCCCCAAGGCUGACGGAGGCUGCUGGCCCCAUGGAGGAGGAGGCGGUGGAGACGGGGGCCGGGCAGCAGAGUCCUCCAGGCAGCGAAGGGGUCAAAGAGCAGGUGUCAGCAGCCAUCAGCUGCCUGUUCUGCAGUCGCACGUUUUGCUACAGGAAGUCCUUGGAGAACCACGUGGCCAGGAGCCACAGCAUGGAAGGCCGGGCUGCUCACGCCGAGGUGGCCAUAGAAACGGUAGCUGUGGUAACCACCAGGAGGUCUGCCCGGCAAAGGAAGACCCCAGCCAAGUUUGAAGAAUGGGACAGUGACGGCGGAGGCGGAAUGGAGGGCAAGCCCAAAAAGAAGACGUUGAAUGGGAAAGCAGAGGAGGUGGAUGGCGGUGGAGGUGCAGGGGAUGAGGAUGAGGAUGAAGAAGGGGGCGCAAAUGAGGAGUUCAGUGGGAAAGACCCAGAGGAGGAGGGGAGGAGGAGGAGAGCCGGAGAGGAGACUGGAUGUGGAGGCGGCACAGCGGCAGAGGAGCCGGUUUUGGAAGAGGAGUCAGAGGAGGCGAGAGGAGGAGAGCAUGAUAAGGAACCCAGUGGUGCUGGAUGCCAGGAGGAGGGCCCAGACAGCAGCAGCAGCCCGGCUCCUCUUCAGCCAGAUGGCGCGGUGGUGGCUGCAGGGGAUCCAGCCAGCCUGGAGGUGGCAGCACAAAGCCGGCCUAUUGCCGACACAUCCACUCAGUCUCAGGCAUACCCAGAAGGCCUAGCUCCAGUAGUUAUACAGAGCUCCAACAAGAAGACCCUCCAGUGUCCAAAGUGUGACAAAACAUUCGACAGAAUAGGAAAAUAUGAGAGCCACACUCGAGUGCACACAGGAGAGAAACCUUUCCGGUGUGAUAUUUGCCACCAGUGCUAUUCCACUAAAUCCAACCUCACCUCACACAAAAAGAAACACGCCAAUAAUGCCCCUUUCCAAAAGAAAGACCACAAAUGUCCCUUCUGUAACAAGUUGCACGCCAGCAAAAAGACGAUGGCAAAACACGUUAGAAGGUUCCACCCCGACCACAUACAGGAGUUCAUGUCCAUGAGGAAGAGGAAGAGCGAGGGCUGGAAAUGUGACAUAUGUCAUAAGUCCUUCACACGGAGGCCCCAUCUGGAAGAGCACAUGAUCCUCCAUUCCCAAGACAGACCUUUCAAGUGUGCCUACUGCAACGACCACUUCAAAUCCAGGUUUGCGAGGCUGAAACAUCAGGAGAAAUAUCAUUUAGGUCCAUUUCCAUGUGACAUAUGUGGGAGACAGUUCAAUGAUACAGGAAAUAGAAAGCGGCACAUAGAAUGCACACAUGGGGGAAAGAGGAAGUGGACAUGCUACCUUUGCGGGAAAUCUGUGCGGGAGAGAACCACGUUGCGUGAGCACCUGCGGAUCCACAGCGGGGAGAAGCCUCACCUGUGCAGCAUAUGUGGCCAGAGCUUUCGCCACGGCAGCUCCUACAGGCUUCAUCUCCGUGUUCACCAUGACGACAAGCGGUACGAGUGUGAUGAAUGUGGCAAAACAUUUAUCAGACACGAUCAUCUGACCAAGCAUAAGAAAAUACACUCUGGGGAGAAAGCUCACCAGUGUGAGGAGUGUGGUAAGUGCUUCAGGCGUCAUGACCACCUGACUGUCCAUUACAAGAGCGUCCACCUGGGGGAGAAGGUCUGGCAGAAGUACAAGACGGCAGUUCACCAGUGUGAAGUUUGCAAAAAAGAGUUCAAAGGAAAAUCCAGCCUGGAGAUGCAUUUUAGAACACACUCUGGAGAGAAGCCAUACAAGUGUGGCAUCUGUCAGCAGACCUUCCGCAUCAAGAAGACCCUGACUAAGCACAUGGUCAUCCAUUCCGAUGCCAGGCCCUUCAAUUGCCCCCAGUGCAGUGCCACCUUCAAGAGGAAGGACAAGCUGAAGUACCACGUGGACCACGUCCACAGCUCUAGACCCACCGAGCAGCAGCCGCAGGCCGACCUGUGUGGUGGGGAGAAAGCACUGCCCUCGCUGUCGUACCCGGAGCCAGCCAAGCAGCAGUACAGGGCUGAGCACAAGCACGUCCUGCACAGCGUGUCCUCCUCGGGCGACGUGUGCGUGCCCGUCACCCUCGUGAACGUGCAGAUGGCGGAGAUCUCCGGCCAGGUGGAUCUGGCAGUGCAUGGGGUGGGGGUGGCGACUCACGGGGUCCUGUCCCAGGGGCAGCAGGUGGCGACGGGGUACCAGGCGGCCACUGACCUGGUGUUCCUGGAGAAGUACACUCUCACGCCUCAGCCGACCAACAUCGUCCACCCGGUGCGGACUGAUCAGAUCAUGGACCCGAGGGAACAGUCGUACUUGGGCACAUUUCUGGGAUUAGACUCGGGCACAUCGGUGCAAACCUUGCCCAAUACCGACCACAGUCACUGAGCUCUCAGACUGUUGUGCUGUGUUUGCUCUCAUCAACAUUAUUUAGACCAGGGGUGGGGAACCUAUGUCUCAAGGGCCAUUUACGGCCCUUGAGGCCGUUUUAUCCGGUCCCCGAUAUAAGUUUUAUGUUAUGCAGCUUCACAUGAAAUAUGACACGUUUUGGAAAGGAAUCUUGGAAAUUACAUUUGCAAUACAAUGAAGUUAUAUUUCAGGGGACCUAAUCAGGGGUUCCCCACCCCUGAUUAGACACACUGCCCUGAGGGCCACUGCACUGGCUGGUAAUUUUCACCCCGGCUGCCUCAUCAUCACGAUUACUGUACUUCUUCCUCUUUUUCUUCCUUUUCUUGCUCCUUUUCCACAACCUUCAUCUUACCACAAAGCAGCUCCCCGUUGAUUUCUGGUUCCCUCCAACUACCCAAACUUAAAGGUACACUGUGCAGGAAAUGGUCAAAAAAGGUACUGCAACUAUGCUGCUCAUUGAAACUGGGUUGUCUAUUGCCAAAUUUGAUCUUUUCAUUCAAGUUUACUAAGUAAUAAACUAGUAUUUUCUAGUAUGGCCCAAGUACAGACAUUUUUGCAGCUAAAAAUGGCUAUUCCUGGAAAUACAAAAUGGCGGACCAUGGAGAAGAUCCCCCUUUUCAUGUAUGAAAAGUGCCGUUUUUCCAGUCAUAAUGAAUACUUACAUUUUAGUGGUGGUGAUAAGUAAAAGUAUUGAUGAAAAAGGUAACAUUAGUUAAUGCGUAGCAUCGAUUCUGGAAAUAAACAACUAAAAAUCUCACACAGUGUACCUUUAAGUAAUACUACAGUUUUCCCUCUUCAGUGGAUAUGGCCAUGUUGACUGUUCAGGACCCUUCACUUGUAACCAAGGUGUUUGUACAGAGUAGACUGCCCGUGUAGAAUAUGGAAUCAGGUUUUACUUUCUCCCUUUACUGUAGAUGACUGGAAUUGUGAUGUUUGUGCAUUUUAAGACAAAUGUUUUGCAGGACAAACCGUAACAGUGUGACAUUGUGUUUUAACAUAAUCGCAUACUUCACCUUGAUAUGCUUUUUAAUAACUUCUGUAAAUCUAUGAAUGUCUGUCUAUUGAAAAUGAAAUUGAAAAUGAUAAUGGCUGUGGCCAUGAAGAGGGCUAUUAGCUAUGACUACAGUAUGGUCACUCUGAGGACUGUUGAGUUGGGGGUGUUGUGAGAGAGAUCCAUGUAUUGCAUCCCUAACAAUGUCUUGUUUCAUUAAAGGUCCUGUGUGUAACA